AAAGGGGUCAUGAUUUCUGUACGUCAUCAAAACAAGCCGCCGUGGAGCAGCAUGGAGGAUCCUUCAGUCUGAGGAGAUUUUGACCUUCUAAAGAUUCAUUCCUGUCAUUUAGAUUCGGCUUGAUUAGAGGUUUCAAGGAUGUCGGCCAAGCGCGUAUCGGUCCAUGCGAAGUGGAUCAUCGGCAAAGUCAUCGGAACCAAGAUGCGCAAAACUGCCAAAGUGAGAGUCACGAGGCUCGUGCUGGACCCCUACCUGCUCAAGUACUACAACAAGAGGAAGACGUACUUCGCCCACGACGCCCUGCAGCAGUGCACAGUGGGAGACAUCGUCCUCCUCAAGGCUCUGACUGAGGCCCGGUCCAAACAUGUCAAACAUGAACUAACUGAGAUCGUGUAUAAGGUCGGUCGGGUGGUCGACCCACUGACGGGAAAGAAAGUUGCAGGAACUGAGUUUGUCGAGCCUCUGACUGACCUUCCGCUCGGCCUGGACGAGGACGCAACGUUAACAGAGAAACUGCAGCAGCUCAACAUCUCUGCUGCGUCCAGUGCAGCCGACGCUCCUCCGGCACAGACUCCUACGUCAUGAUGGAAAAUCUUUUAUGAAGUAAUGCUAGCUGAUCAGAUGUUACUCUGCAAUUCUCUGUCUGUUUCUGUCUGGUGUUUUUGUAAAUAUAAAAUGUAUGAAAUAAUCAGCCUUAAUACAUUUUCUUCACCUGCUGCUCCGGUCGAUUUGAAUUCAAGACACAUUUCUGAGGAAUUUACAAUAAAAUUCUGGAUGCAGGGUGUUACUGACA